UUGCAGAUGAUGGAGCAGAGUUCCUGCACUGAAGACCGGAUCCAGCAUGUCCUGGAGCGCUGCCUCUGUCACCUGGGUGUGGACACGCCCGACAAGCACCUCUGGAACGCCGGACUGUGCGUCAGCCGCUGGUGCAUGGAGGAACUCGUGAAGAGGGAUCCUCACAACUUCCUCAUCCUUCUACAGAAACUAUUGCGAAAAACAAAAGAGGUUCUGGAUCAGUGCCAGUAUGAACUGGUGGUCCCCCUGACUCUCCUGUUCUCUUCAGCUCUUCUCAGGACUCCUUAUCUGGCUCCAGAGUGUGGCGUGCUGCAGGAGGCCUACCUGCUGUUCCACGGGUUCCUGACCUGGCCUGAACCCUGCAGCUCCGCCUGCAUGAGCGUACUGAACAUCAUCCAGCUGGAGCUCCGAGCACCAGGUAUUUCGUUUCAGCGACUGAUACGGAGCGAGCAGGGUAUUUCCCCCGACCUUACCUCUUCUAGAACCAUAGUGGUUCUGCUGGUGAGCCCAGAGGAUGACAUUCCUCUGGAGGUCCAGCCAGCGUCUGAGCAGCUGAGCUCCAUCCACUGCUCCACCAGAGACAUCAUCUCCACCCUCAUCCUGCACAGCUUUCAGGCGGCUUUUGGUACCACAUGUGACCUGCAGGCUCUCCACGACUCCCUGCAGGGAAAACAUCCAGAGGAGCUGGAGCAACUCAUGGAGUCCAUCAGUGGUAGCAUGGAAGCAGCAGCCUCGCUGACAGAUCCCAAAAGAGCACGAGAGGGUCUGCUCCACAGCUUGAAGAAGCUCAGAGCAGGUCUCACCAACCCUGGUCCUGCAGGUUACUGUCCAGACACUGGAUCUGUUAAGAUUUUCAUGCCGCCCCUUCCUAAAUGUCACACAUGCUCAUGGGAGGAUGAUAACUUUGAUGUUCUGAAGGACAUACUUGGAUUAGAUUUGGACCUGGAUUCUCCUCCAGAGUGUUUCCUCCAAACAGACAUGGAUGAGGACGAUGACAAUGAGACCAGUGUAGAUGAUGAAUUUGAGCUGGACUUAAAUAAUGAGCUUCAAAGCCAUCGGAUCUCAGUGGCAUCGUCAUCCUCGAGAGACUCUACGUUUUCCAGCAACUCUCUGUCCUCCAACUUGUCUGUGCCAUGCGCUUCAUCCGGGGUGGAAAGUGACUUGGGUGAGGACACAACACAUGAGGACACAGAGGAGGGACAAGACAGGCAAUCAAAGACUAGAAAAAAACCCAAGAAAAAGUCCAAAUCUCUCUUGGGCUUAGAGCGCUUCUCCUUGCUUUUUAAGACGCCCCGCAGUCCUCAUGCCAAGAGCGUGAGCUACAACUGCGACACCAGCAAAGACUUUAUAAGAACGGGGGGCAAAGUCAAACACUCGAGGCUCCUCGUGAGGCAGGUUUGCCCUCCUGCCUUGGAUCUCCUUCCCCUCGAAAAACAGGUGUGCUUCCGCCGGAGGCCGAUCCUGAGCAUCGAUGAAGCGAACGUAGAAGAAUUGCCAACCGUGGUCAAAGUGGUCAUAUUUGGAGGCGACAGAGAGGCCGGCAGGCUCGCCCGAGCGUACAGUGACCUGCAGCAGAAAGAGAGUAAAUGUCCUCAACUCACCAGGACGUGCAAACUGCAGUUUUACUUUGUCCCCACCAAAAGGAGAAAUGGAGGACAGGUAGGAGGUUUCACCAAAGCAGCAGCAAAUGUAGAGAAAUCAGUCGGUGAGGAGGAGGGCAUGACCACAGAUAUAGCUCACAUGUUGGGCCUGGUGGACCCGUGGUACGAGCGCAACGUCCUCAGUCUGCUCAGCUUGUCCUCUGACGUGCUCUGUGAGGCUCCUUCCAAGGAUGAGGACGCCUCGGCGAGCUCUGGCAGCGCCGAGCGUCUUCCCCUGCUGGCCGACUUGGUGCUGUAUUACUGCAGACACGCCAACAAGCCCGUCCUGGUGCAGCUCUACCAGGCCGAGCUGACUCUGGCUGGGGGGGACAAGAGAAGGGAAGUGUUCAUUCACACCUUGGAGCUGGGACACACGGCUGGAACCAGAGCCGUCAAGGCCAUGGGGGCUGCCAGCAAAAGGUUUGGGAUUGAUAAAGAACGGGAGGCGGUGCCUUUAAAGCUGAGUGUCGCCUACAACAAGGUGGCUGUCAGCGGGAGGAGUCAGUGGAUUCAGACAGAGACGGUCUGCACCUCCAUUAAUCUUCACAAAACAUGCAGACGAGUCGAGGAGCUCGAUUUACAAGAGAGCCUGCAGCUGACACUGACAGAAGUCCUGAAACGGCAGUGUCCCAAAUCUAAAAAGGGUUACAACCAGCAAAUCUUGAUAUCAGAGGUGAAGGUGGACAAGGUGCAGGUGAAAGCUCAAGAAGCAGGGUCAACAUUUGCUGUUUGUCUGGAUCAGGACCAAAAGACCUUCAUCCAAGGCGUCACGAGGUGCGAGGCGACUCUGUGCAGCAAACCAGGAAGCGGCUCAGACUGGAGGUCCUACAAACCUCUGCCGGGCCAAGUCCGGCCUCUGCACCCGACGUACCGCUCCCUGCUCUGCCUCCCCAUCACCUGCUUCUCCGCCUCGUACCCAUGA